AUGCUUGUGCCGCAGGGCAUCAACAUGAAGGAGAUCACGACGACGAAGAAGAAGACGAAGAAGCUGUCGGUUGUCGUUAGUGCUAGCGAGACCGACGAGGAGGCGAUGGCGAGGUUUUCUCAGGAGCAUCCGGAGUAUGUCCAGGCCGAGCUGGAGUACUACUGGAAGCGUGAUGCAGAGCAGAAGAAGAAGGGGCCAAAGAAGGAGGACGAGGCCGGUCCCUCGACGAUGAUCCCCAUGGAGUCCUCUUCCGAGGAGGACUGGGCAGACUUCUCGGACGAGGAGGAGGAGGAGGGGUGCGACGACCCGACGAAGGAGGAGUUCUGGGCGUAG